GAGAGAGGCAAAAGGACCGGGUCAUGGUAAGUAGAAACAAAGAUUGGAUUGACUGUAAACAGCGUUUUGGCAGCUUUGAAUUAUAGAGUUGACAGAUUCGUCCGGUUGUCAGGUCAGGGUGAAUAGCAGCUGGUUCCUCGUUAAAGGGAGCUUCCUCUCCUCAGUGUGGUAAAAGAAGAAGAGAGAUGUCGAGGAGUUUGAGCUCCAAUUCGUUUAGAAGUGCAGUUUCAGUCUCCUCCUCCUUCAGAAGACGCAACGAUGAGGAAGAAGACCUCAUAUGGGCUGCCAUAGAGAAGCUCCCCACCUAUGACCGCUUGAGAACCUCCAUUCUCCAAGAUACCUACCACUCCCACUCCCAACAGAUAGAUGUUACAAAUCUCCACCAACAUGGUCGACAACAACUGAUUGACAGGCUGGUUAAAGUAGCAGAUCAGGAUAACCAAGUCUUUCUCAGAAAGCUUCGCGAGAGGCUCGAUCGAGUUGGGGUCAUCUUACCCGAAAUUGAAAUCCGUUUUGAGGAGCUCAACGUUUCAGCUAGUGUCUACAUGGGCAGUCGCGCAUUGCCAACCCUAAUUAAUUGGAGCUUUAAUAUGUUAGAGGAUGUCUUGGGAUCACUUGGGCUCUGUAAAACCAAGAAGAAAACGUUGAGGAUUCUAAGGAAUGUUAGCGGUAUAAUAAAACCCGGAAGGAUGACCCUUCUUCUCGGCCCGCCUUCCUCGGGUAAAACUACUUUAUUAUUGGGUCUGGCUGGAAAAUUGGACACGACUCUCCAGGUUACAGGACAAGUAACCUAUAAUGGACAUUCAAUGAAGGAAUUUGUGGCACAACGAACUUGUGCUUACAUAAGUCAGCAAGAUGUGCAUAUGGGAGAGUUAAGUGUACGCCAAACCUUAGACUUCGCCUCUCGAUGCCAAGGCACAGGUUCAAGAUACGAUAUUUUAAGCGAGCUCUCGAGACGAGAAAAGGAGCAUGGAGUGAAGCCAGAUCCUGACAUUGAUGCAUUUAUGAAGGCAUCAGCAAUUACAGGACAGAAAUCCAACAUAAUGACUGACUAUGUCUUGAAGAUUUUAGGGUUAGACAUAUGCGCAGACACAAUAGUAGGAGAUAAGAUGCGCAGAGGCAUUUCAGGAGGUCAGAAGAAAAGAGUGACAACAGGGGAGAUGAUGGUGGGAUCUGCCAAAGCUUUUCUAAUGGACGAGAUAUCCAAUGGGUUGGACAGCUCCACCACAUAUCAGAUUAUUCAAUGCUUAUGCCACUAUGUUCACAUUAUGAAUUCAACAAUGGUGAUUUCUCUUCUGCAACCAGCCCCGGAAGUGUUCAAUCUUUUCGACGACGUGAUUCUUCUAUCAGAGGGCAAUCUGGUUUACCAUGGACCUUCACAAUCCAUUCUUGAAUUUUUUCACUCAAUGGGUUUUCAAUGCCCUGAAAGGAAAGAUGUUGCAGGUUUCUUGCAAGAGGUAACGUCACCUAAAGACCAACAACAGUACUGGUGGAAGACGACCCAGGAAUACAGAUAUGUGUCAGUUAAGGAGUUUGCGCAAGCAUUUAAAAGAUUUCAUGAAGGAGAGAAACUUUCACAAGAACUGUCAAUACCAUUUGAUAAAAGCCAAUGUCAUCCCGGAGCUCUCACUAAAGAAAAAUAUGGUUUAAGCAAAGGAGAUCUUUUUAAAGCAUGUUUUGAUAGACAAUUCAUACUAAUGAAGAAGAAUUCCGGUGUGCACAUAUUCAAGUUAUUCCAGAUAAGUAUGGUGGCAUCUCUGUCAACAUCAAUUUUCUUUCGUACACGUAUGCAUCAUAGAAAUGUGGCGGACGGGUCCAUGUACAUUGGAGCUUUGUUUUUGGCUCUGGUCCUUAAUAUGUUCAAUGGUAUUUCAGAAUUGGCAAUCAUACUUGAUAAGCUUCCAGUUUUCUACAAGCAGAGAGAUUUGAUGUUCUACCCUGCCUGGGCCUACUCCAUCCCGAUUUGGAUUACUCAAAUUCCUGUUUCCUUGCUAGAGUCCUUUGUAUGGGUGGCUCUUACGUACUAUGGGAUUGGUUAUGCUCCCAGUCCCAGCAGGUUUUUUCGACAGUUUUUACUAUUGGCGGUUCUCCAUCAGACUGGGCUAGUGCUGUUUCACUUCAUAGCUUCAGUUACAAGGACUGUAAUAAUUGGCAACACUUGCGGUGUGUUUGCACUUUUCAUGAUCUUCGUCCUAGGUGGUUUCAUCGUGUCAAAAGAGGAUAUCAAAGGGUGGUGGAUAUGGUGUUACUGGUUAUCUCCUCUCACUUAUGCUCAAAAUGCUAUUUCAGUAAACGAGUUCUUAGCAACCAGGUGGCAAACGAAAACUAGAAAGGCUAACAGAACCAAUUUGCAGCCGCAUGAGAAUAUUGGCGUGAGAUUUCUAAAAUCUCGAGGACUUUUCACGGAUAGCAACUGGUACUGGAUAGGUGUUGGAGCACUCAUUGGUUUCAUUGUCGUUCUGAACUUGCUGUUCACUCUAGCUUUGCAGUAUCUCAACCCUGUUGGAAAAACCCAACCAUUAGUCGUUGAAAAUGAGGAGUUGAUAGACGAACAGGGUAAGGAAAUGCAAGCCCUUUCGUUAAGUGGAUCGAAACAAGCUGAAAUCCAAAAUACUGGGAAAAUUUCAGGAGGAAGUAGCAACUUGUCAACCUCGAGCAGAAGGGAAGCUGGAAAGAAGGGAAUGGUGUUACCUUUCCAACCCUUGUCCUUGACAUUUCACAAUGUCAACUACCAUGUCGAUAUGCCUGCAGAGAUGAAGAGAGAGGGAGUUGGCGAAGAGAGGCUCCAGUUAUUGCGCAGUGUGAGUGGAUAUUUCAGGCCGGGAGUGCUCACAGCUUUAGUAGGAGUGAGUGGAGCUGGAAAAACCACCUUAAUGGAUGUUCUUGCGGGCAGAAAAACUACUGGGCAUAUUGAAGGAUCCAUCACUAUCUCUGGCUUUCCCAAGAAACAGCAAACCUUUGCACGGAUUUCUGGUUACUGCGAACAAGCUGAUAUUCAUUCCCCCUGCGUCACAAUCUAUGAAUCUCUCGUUUAUUCUGUCUGGCUACGCCUUUCACGAGACGUUGAAUCUGAAACAAGAACGAUGUUUGUUGAGGAAGUAUUGAAACUCAUAGAGCUGGAUAACGUAAGGGACGGUCUUGUGGGUCUCCCUGGAGUGAAUGGAUUGUCUACAGAACAGAGAAAGAGAUUGACAAUUGGAGUGGAACUUGUAGCGAAUCCUUCCAUAAUUUUUAUGGAUGAGCCCACUUCGGGUCUGGAUGCAAGGGCUGCUGCUGUCGUUAUGAGAGCUGUUCGGAACACGGUGGAUACAGGCCGAACAGUUGUGUGCACCAUUCAUCAGCCAAGCAUUGAAAUAUUUGAAGCCUUCGAUGAGUUGAUAUUGAUGAAGCGAGGAGGGGAGAUAACCUACGCGGGCCCUCUUGGUCGCCACUCGCAAACGCUAAUUGAUUAUCUUGAGAUGAUUGAGGGAGUUCCCAAAAUCACAGAGGGGCUAAACCCUGCAACAUGGAUGCUCGAUGUUACCUCUCACGGAAUGGAAUCUCGUUUUGGGAUUGACUUUGCCGAACUCUAUAAGAGAUCAUCCCUAUACAGGCAAAACGAAAUCAUGAUUGAAGAGCUAAGCAAACCUGCUGGAGGAUCCAAAGAUUUACAUUUCAAUUCAGAAUUCGCACAGCCAUUUGUAGUUCAAAUGCUGGCCUGUUUGUGGAAGCAACAUUGGUCUUACUGGCGAAAUCCCCAAUACAACGUUGUUAGAUUCUUAUUCACCUUUACAUGUGCUCUACUCUUCGGCACAGUUUUCUGGAGAAUGGGAAGCAAGAUAGAACUGGAGCAAGAUAUUCUCAAUUCGAUGGGAUCCAUGUUUACCGCAGUUCUGUUUCUGGGUUACAGCAAUAUAAUUUCUGUUCUGCCUGUAGUUGACGUGGAAAGAACAGUUUUCUACAGGGAAAAGGCUUCAGGAAUGUAUCAUCCUUUCGCUUAUGCGUUGGCUCAAGUAUUCAUUGAAGUGCCAUACAUAUUUGUGCAGACAGUAAUGUAUGGUUUGAUUGUUUAUACAAUGAUGGAUUUCAUAUGGAGUACCACAAAAUUCUUCUGGUUUUUCUUUUGCAUAUUGUUUACGUUCAUUUACUAUACCUACUAUGGAAUGACGACAGUGGCCCUCACUUCUAAUGCAAGUUUGGCUUCAAUCUUCUCAACCGGUUUCCUUGCAAUCUGGAUGCUUUUUGGUGGCUUCUUAAUUCCACGCCCGAGACUUCCAGUGUGGUGGAGAUGGUAUUAUUGGGCAUCGCCCUUUGCGUGGACAAUGUAUGGUUUGGUAGCGUCACAGUUUGGGGAUGUUUCAGAGGAACUGGUUUUGGCAGAUGGAACGAAACAACAGGUUAAGGAAUUCUUGAGAACCCAGUUCGGUUAUGAGCAUAAUUUUUUAGGAUAUGUUGCUGCCGCUUUAAUUGGCUUCGGGCUCUUGUUCGCUUUGACAUUUGCCUUUAGCAUUAAGACUCUCAAUUUCCAAAACAGGUAAAAUACAUAUUUAUCAAUGAGUGCCUGAAUAGAAAAGAACUGUAACUAGUCUCAACAAACGUUAUAUAAAAUAACUGUAAUUAACAAAUAAAUGAUCAACUAUAUUAUAGAUAUUUCAUA